GUACCGCCAGUUCGAUGUGGUCAAGGCUUAAUUCAACCACCCUGAGCAGGAAGCAGCGUAACUCCGAUGCAGCGCGUCGCGCCUGGGGCGAGAGGCCAAAACAAGCCCCGCCCCCAGGAGGCCCCGCCCCUGCUAUGGUUACUAGGCUGCCGGAAAGCGCCGGCUCCCCGUGGGCGGCACGCGGAGGCGCGAGCGAGGUGGCGACGGGCGCCGUGCUGCGCUGGGAAGCAGCCUCCGCGGCCACGAUUGGGCGCCCAGCAACGUGGGCGGGGAGUCAUCUGAGCAGAGACGGCCAGACGGGGGCGCUCGACAGCUCUCCGUGUGUUUUACGGACCUCGCCUUUGAAUGUCAGCGAUUAUCUCGUUAUAAGGAAAAUGAAUCAUCCCUCAAAGGCAAAAAGGACUGGUAUUCGAAAAUCAGAUAAGCAAAAAAGCUCAGGAAAAAACCACACACCACGUUUGCCACCGGUUCCAAAGGCAAAGGUGAAACCAACACUACGAGACAUUUCAGCUCAAAAAAUACAAAGAGCAUGGUUCAUUCAUUUGGACAGAACGAUAUUUCAACUCUUAAAACACACAAUUUGUGCAGCGGAGUAUUGUGUAACUCAUGAAAUACUGAAGAACGUGAGCCCCGUCGAAGCUCAACUUGUUAAAGAUCCUAGCAUGAAAUGUAAAGUCAGAUUCAGAUUUAGUGGUGAAAUAUUUCCACCUUUCAUCGUAUUUAAAAUUUUUCUUCAUACUGAGGGCCGUGGUUACAAGUAUUUCAGCGGGAAAAAUGUAUUAAAACCAUCAACCAAGGGAGUAAUUGAUGCUUGCAAAAUGAUGGGAAAGCAGAAAUUUUAUCAGCAAAUUAUGGAAGAUGAACGUCUUUAUGAGAAGUUCAAAAUAACUGACCAUGUAGAUAUUGUCACCACUCAAGAUUAUAUGCAAUACGCAAGUCUCCUGGAUGAGAUCCCUGCAUCGGCUGGUGGCAAGAAUAACCUUUGGCGAAGAUUAAACCUCAAAAGCAUUCCCAGGACAAUGAUCAUAUAUGACAUAGUUAAUUAUGCAGAGUGUGGAGUAAUGUCAGCCCGUUUACAAAAAGAAGUGAAGUAUCUGUCACAGAGACCACGAACGGAAGAGAUGCGUCAGCGCCAGCUACAGAUCGUUUCUGCAGUUAGGUGUCCAUCCUUGGCGAGCCUCAAGCCUUUAUAUCGGCCCUACCAAGAGCAAAGCAAAGUGAGACACUUGGGGCGUCGAUCCAAGCAAGCACAAAUGAAAGUUGAUAAAAUGAGAAAAGCAUAUAUGACACCUAAAAAAGAAGAUGCUUCAGAGGAAACUCAACCGCAAAAAGCUGCAAAGCCUCAGAGGAUACAAGAGACAAUUGUGUACUCCAGCCCAGCUUUUGACAUUGUGAAAUAUAAAGAAUACAUCCCAGAUAAUACACUGAGUGAAGAGGAGGAGGAGGAGGAAGAAAGGGAAACAUUUGCCUGGUAUCAAGAGUUGUAUCGUCAGUAUUUUCCAUGAUGCUGAUACAAAGCUAAUUGACAGAACACUGAAGUUGCUUGUCUGACUAUAAAUAAAGGACAAUCAGA